AUGGACGAAUAUCGACUAUCAAAGCGAGACUUACCUCUAUAUCUAUACCAAGUUGACUACCCCGGAAGUAGAACAACAUACUUCCCAGAAGUAGGGCUUUUUGCCGCAAACACCACAAAGACCUAUCCGGAGCAGGAAGUGGAAACAUUCAAAACAGAUAUUGUGAAGCAAUUCACCUGGUCCUGCAGAGAAUCCCUGCCCUUCAUCAACCUCUUCUCUGAUAUCAAGCACGCAGAGAAUUGGGGAUUAAAACAACCCUGGCGCCAGGCGUUGGAUUUUGGUGGCGACGAUUGGACGCUUUUUGAAAUACGCACCGACAUCCUAGAUGAAGCAGCACGCAAGAUCUUUAGAUUAAAAGAUCUAGUCGAGUCUUUCGACUUGGAAAUCCCCGACAAGGCAGGGCAACACAUUGACGACGCAUAUCUCUGCCUUCAUUCAAUUCCAGCAUCUGCCAUUGUUCAAGAUUGGAGCCCUUCCCAGGUUCGAGAGAAUAAAGGCGAGCGAUAUUCUUACCGGAAAAUGGAAUAUAUGGAAGAAGCAUCCAGCUAUGACUACCUUGAUGGUUACUACUACGACAGUGAGAGGGAAGCGGUGCAAGAGAAUUACAAUACCAUUUUUGAAAAUAAUAUGGAUGACGCUUGGUGA